CAAUCCUCCUUUAAUCGCAUCAUCCAGGAGCUUCUGGAUCGCUCGGUUAAAGCUGGAGGAUUGAAGCUGAUUUUGUUUACAUGAUUUUUGGCUCUCCCUGAAAGCUGAAGGGCGGUACAGCGAUGAAAAUGGACUUAAAUGCCAUCAUAGAGAAGAUGGAAACGGGCGAUCAGGACGCCGCACUGACAGCUUUACAGACCUUUAAUAAAGAGAAAUCACAGUGUUUUUCAUUUACCCCUGGGGAGGAGGAAGACAGAGAGGAUGGACAUGUGCAAGAGCGUCUGGGCGAGUUAGUGCUGGGCUUCCUGCAGAGAGACCUCCAGCCGUCCUGUCAGCUGGCCUGCCUGGAAACCAUCCGCAUCCUGUCCCGUGACAAGAAGAGCCUGGUUCCCUUUGCCACCCGCCACGCCAUGCAGAUCCUGAUCCGACAUGCUGGCCUCAGUCAGGGUGAGGGCUUCACGCCCGAGAUCCCGGACCUGGAAGUGAUUGUGGAGGCGCUGAAGUGCUUGUGCAACAUCGUGUUCAACAGCGAGGCGGCUCAGGAGGCGGGGGCAGAGCUCCAGCUGAUCGUGGGAUUGGCCGAGAGGCUGAAACAGUGCCGCGAGCCGCAGUGGAACCACGACGUGCGAUUCUUCGACCUGCGCCUCACGUUCCUGAUCACCGCCCUUCGCGUGGACGUAAGAGCCCAGCUGGCCCGCGAGCUGCGGGGGGUUAGUCUGCUGUCUGAGGCUCUAGAUGCCACGCUCGGCCUCUGCUGGCCCGACACAUACGAGGUGGCGCGUGCAGGCUUUGACGGCUGCUCAGAGCUGCCCCCGCUGGGGAGACAGGAGACGGAGCGAGCCAUGGAGAUCCUGAAGAUCCUCUUUAACGUCACCUUUGAUUCCAGCCGCCGCAAGGUGGACGAGGAGGAAGCAGCCACUUACAGACACCUGGGUGCCAUACUGAGACAUUGCAUUAUGAGCACCUCCGAGGGAGAGGAGCGCACAGAGGAGAUGCACAGCCACACGGUGAACCUUCUGGGGAACCUGCCGCUUCCGUGUCUUGACGUCUUGCUGAUGCCUAAAGUCCAGCAGGGCUCUAUCGAGUACAUAGGCGUCAACAUGGACGCCGUCAAGGUGCUGCUGGAGUUUAUGGAGAAAAGACUUGACCGGGGAAACAAGCUGAAGGAAACCCUGCUGCCCUCGCUAAAUCUACUAACAGAGAGCGCCCGCAUCCACAGAGAGACCAGGAAGUUUUUACGAAUGAAGGUGCUUCCACCAUUACGAGAUGUCAAAAACAGACCUGAGGUUGGGAACGCUCUACGAAACAAGCUAGUGCGUCUAAUGACACACAUAGACACGGACGUGAAGCACUGUGCGGCUGAGUUCCUGUUUGUGCUGUGCAAGGAGAGUGUUUCCAGGUUUAUCAAGUACACAGGUUAUGGUAAUGCGGCAGGGCUGCUGGCCGCUCGGGGACUGAUGAGAGGCGGCCGAGACCCUGGACAUUAUUCAGAAGAUGAGGACAGCGAUACUGAGGAGUACAGAGAGGCGAAACCUCACAUCAAUCCAGUGACCGGCCGUGUGGAGGAGGAGCAGCCCAACCCUAUGGAGGGAAUGACUGAAGAACAGAAAGAAUACGAAGCCAUGAAACUGGUCAACAUGUUCGACAAACUCUCCAGGGAGCAGGUGAUCCAGCCAAUGAAAAUCGGAGCUGAUGGUAAAAUGACUUCAUUGGAGCCACAGGAGCUUCAUUAUUUAGCGAGCCAACAGUUCGGAGAGUCCAAUAAUUCUGACAGCGACAGUGACGCAAACUAAUUCUCCUGAAACGAGUCUCAAGUCUUUUAACAGGACAGAUAGGAUUGCUUAUUUAAAUCUAAUCAAAAAUAAAAGCUUAUUGUGAAUCAUGUAAAAGAACUGAAUCGUUUCAAUUUAAAUGCUUUGUUUUUACUCCAAGGGAAAACACCUGGUGAUUGUUAUUUCGUCUCAUUUGAGGUUUAUUGUGUUGGCCUGUCUUUAGGUAAUAUUUUCUGUACAAUGACAAUGAAAACAUGGUUUGGUUGCACAGUGCUUGUUUAUUAAUGUAACAGGAUUCAUUUAAUGGAACUCCAAGUUAUUAUACAUCACGGAUUUUAUUUUUCAUUCAGUAUGUGGUCUGAGAAGAAAACAAAUCUGACACUGGGUGAAGACAGCAAGAGAGCCCUGAUAUUUAUUUAUUUAUUCAUUCAUUCACUUGGUUUUAGGAUGAGCUGAGUGGGGAAUUUUUUUAAGUUACAGAACUAUAUAUAUAUAUAUAUAUAUAUAUAUAUAUAGUGGUAAAUGGAUGGAUUGCUGUAUAUUGUUAUUGGUGGCCCAUGUAGUUACGUGUGAAAGACUGAAGAAAAUGUUGUAUAAUUUAUAUCACAUUGUGUUCAAAAAAAAUUAUUGUGAGAUUAUAAUAAAAGAGCUGAAUUUUUUUAAUUGUCUCUUAAUUGAGAUGUUUUAUACACCUACCUUUUGGUAAUACAAUGUUGAUAUUUUGAUAUCAUUAAUGUUGUCGUUAGUAACCUAACCCAUUACAUUAUGCUAUUUAGGUAAUGUAAUCAGACUACUUUUUGAUUACUUUUGACUUAACUUGCUUAUCACAUUGAUUUAAAUAGGGAUCUUGUACCAUAUUGAUAUAAAAUACAAAGAGUAAGAAAAUAUGUUCCAUUUGUUGUAAUUAACUACAUAAAGUAACAUUACAUUACCUCAGGGUUUCCCAAAAAUAAUGGAGAAUCAAUAAAUUAUGAAAAA